CAUGGGCGUCCGCAGAAAAUUUUCCAAGGGGGGGCAAGUAAGCUAGCAUCAUCCUGCAACAGAUAAAUAUAUAUAUAUAUAUUUUUUUUUGCAGGAUGAUACUAGGGGAGGCUAAAUAUGGCCCAUACACAGACUGACCUACGGCUAAUGUGACACUUAGUGGAUUCACUGCUGACGUAAAAAGUUAACCUCCCAACUACCUCUUGCCGUUCCCACUGACUCCCAGGGAUACUGUACAAAAGUGCGGGUGGGGGUGCUUUUUUUUUUUACCCUAAAAUGUUUAGUAUUAGUAGUAAAAGUAUUCAUACGCGCACUUCUGUUAGGGGAUCUGCAAACAUUUGUGUUUGGGAUCAGUUAGCUUAAAGGGGUAGUUCGCAUUCGAAUUCACUUUUAUUUUUAAUGGUUUUUCAGUUAUUUAGCUUUUUGUUCAGCAGCUCUCCAUUUGGUAUUUCAGCAGCUAUCUGGUUGCUAGGGUCUUAUUUACCCUAGCAACCAGGUAGUGAUUUAAACAAGAGAUGGGAAUAUGAAUAGUUAAGGGGCCUACUUGGAAAAAUAAGUAAUACAAAAUUAUAAUAAUAAUAAAAUUGUAGCCUCGCAGAGCAAUAUUUUUUGGCCCCCAUUUGAAAUCUGUAUAGAGGCAGAAGAGAAAGGCAAAUUAUUCAAAAAAAUUAAUUAGGAAGACCAAUUGCAAAGUUGCUAGGAAUAGGCCAUUUUAUAACAUACUAAAGGUUAACUUAAAAGUGAACCACCCCUUUAGAUGUGUUUAUGUUAGUUUUAUAGCAAGAAAGGCAGUGGGUACUGACUCCCCAUUAUAUACAGUGAGAUGCAGUCCGUAUUUACAAACCCAGCACAUUAUAUGCCAUGAGGAGCAGUGGGUACUGAUGGCAGAUAUUCAGGCCCUGGCACUAUAACACUGGCACGGAUACACAACAUUGGCCCCACUGUAACUUACUAUAAAUGAACAAAACAAUGACAAAAAAAAAAAAAAA